AGCAUGUUAUACCAGUGGAAAAUGUGCUGGUUUAACUCAGACUUUAGUUCUGAGGCAUCAUUCCUGGUACUGGCUUUGUGCACUUACCCCUGAUUAUGGAUAUAAUGCUUCUGUCUUCAAAGACAAAUUCUUAGAAAAGGUUACUUUUUGUAAUCAGAUAUCCAGUUCUUUUGAUUGGUUGAACCUAAUGUGGCUAAAGAAAGCCUUUACUUUCCCUGCUUGUUUGGUUUUUUUUUCCCUGAUGCACUGAGACAAGAAGUACUGGUACAAGGGUUUUUGAUAGUUUAGUUUGUCUGCUCUGAUGAUAAUGAACUGUGAAUCUCAGUGCCACUGCUGCUCCCACAGAGAUCUGCAGUAAACAGCUGAGUCAUACAGAUGAAGCCUGAAAUUUCUUCUCUCACAGCUGUGAUGGAGUCCCACUGAGUUCCUUUGCAGAGAGUCCUGAGCCAGAGAACCUGCUGUUGUCUGCCCUGUGUGGAAGACGUAGUUUGUGGAACUGCAUCUGCAGGCUGUACCUGAUGCUCUGUAUCACCAUGGUCUUGCUGGAGAAAGAAAUGUUUUUUAGGGUUUGGAAGAGGAAACCAUCUGCAGAUUCAUUGAGCAAGGAAAAUUUUUGGAAGCUUGUGAUCAUAUUCAUAAUCUGGAGCAUUCUGGAAAUUAUGGAAUGGGAAAGUCUGAAUCACUUUAUGUGCUGCUGGCUGAACGAAUGUGGACUGUAGUGGGAGAAGCACUCAGUGGAGGUCACAGGAUGCUCCUGGAGCCGUUGCAGUCAGUGGGGGAAUCACUGAAGUGGGAGAAGCAGAAGGAAGCAGAGUGGCUUGGCAACAGCCUAGAGACAGACUCUGUUUCCACCUGGAGCCCAAACUUCUGGAGAAAAGAUCUGGAGGAAAAGCUAAUGCAGUACAUGACAGCCCAGAUUCCCCCGUUUGCUUCCUCUACUGACACCAAUGAGACUGCCCUGAAACAGCACCUGAGUCACCUGGAAAGGACAUUUGUCCCCAGGCUGGAGCACAGAAGUGAUGUCUUCAGGGAAGCAGGACUGCUCGUCACCUAUGCCCGCUGCUGCCAUGCCUCCUUGUGCUCUCACCUUGCCACGCUUACUGACAGUAACUGUUUCAGCUUCAGCCAGAGCCUUUUAAUUUAUGAAUGGAUCAUUAAAAUGUACAAAAGAGGCAGCCAGGCCUGUGAGAGACCCGGGCACAGCCUUUCCCUUGGUGCACAGUGCCUCGUGUGGAUCCUUUGGAAGACUGAGGAAAAGUUACUUGCAACUGCACGGAAGGAAGUGGGGAGAGCACUGAAAGAAGCCUUUGAUAUUGGGAAACCCCCUUGGGCAGAUGCUGCAGUCAUUGAGAUACUAACAGAGAAGACAGAGGCUGCCAGGCGAGUCAGCGAGAGCCUGGGUGAGAAGGUGGAAGCUGAGUGCCUGGAGGAGUGGCUGAGGUUCCUGGAGAGCUAUGAAGAUGAAGUGAGAAGUUUUAUCCAGCUUGAUGGCUGCUCACAGAUCUACAGCAGCUUACGAAUCCUGGAGAGUUGCUGCCUUCUCAGAACUGUCUGGCAUAAGUUAACAUACAUUUGCAGUGUCAGCACUGAGCAGAAUGUUAAGGUGAAUGGAUUUCUACACAGGAUGGAAGAUGAUGUUAUGGAGCAUUUUCUGCAGACCAUCACUACUAAAGUCAAGGGAACACUGAAGGACCACUUCAAAAAGUGUGACAGUGGUUUUGACCACAUCCUUGAAUGCUUAAAGCAAAGCUUUUUGACCUUUGGGAAGAAAAAAACAGAUAUAUAUGAGGCCCUGGUCAAGGCUGUCAAUGCCAUCAUUGUUACAGAAUACUUGCAGGCCCUCCUGACCACUCCCAGGAAAACAUCUGCUAUGCAGAGGAGGAGGAUUGUCAACAAGAUAGAAGAAGAUCAUAGGAUGAUGCAAACCAUCUUUAAAGAGUGCUUAGGUCCUGCAGCUGGCUCUCUCAAGGAUCCAAUAAAAGCAAUUUUAGAGCUUGUUCAAACUUCUGAUCCUGAGGGGAUGAAGAUAGCACUUCUGCCCAUUCUUAAAGAAUUUCCUGACCUCAGGAAGGAACAUCUGAGUGCAGUGCUGGACAUCAAAGAUUCACUCAGCCGAGAUGACAGAGCUGCUCUCUUGAAGUCAUUUCAUGAUAAUUGCAGGGAAUCAGAAACAGAAGCAAACUUGCUUUUUGCAGAUAUAGAAGUAAAACCUAGAAAAUGUGGACUCUGUGGCUGCCUCUGCUGUUAGCAAAGGCCUGCUGGGAGAAACAUGAGGCCUUACUCUGCUGUGCCAGUGUCUGCAACCACAGCUCCUUGAAAGCUUCACAUGCAGCUGGAUGCAUGGAGAAGCCUGUCAGCCAUGGAAGACAAAAUUUCUGCAUUCUUGCAGGAAAACCAUGAGGCUCAAAUCCCAAGUCCAGGAGGGAGAUGAAUGGGAUAUGGUUGAAAGACAUUUCUUCAAGAUUUCCUAGAGACUGCCAUUCAGCUGAGUCCUGGUGGUUAUUCCCAGGUGUCAUGGUUUGACCCGGAAACAGGAUUUCUGGGAUGCUGUGGAUGGGGCCAAUGAGUGCUCAGAUUUGAAUAUUGCCAUCUGGCCCAACCACUGGGCAUUGGAUCCACCUCUGAGAACACAGGGUAAAAGCAGGGCUCUCCCCUUGGCAGUCUCUCUUUGGAUUUCCGGCGGGAAGGAGUUGGGUCUCUCCCCCGGCCCAGUUGCUGGCUGGGCGGGGGGAGGGGAAAAGCCAUGCGGACCGGCCCAGGAGAGGUAGGCCUGGCCCCCCCAAGGGUGGAAGGAAGAAGUAAAGAAAUGCCGGGAAGCAGUGGGCAGCCUGUUCCCCCCCCCUUGGAGACAGACAGAGAGAGAGAGUGCAGCCUGUGUUUGUGGCCGUAAUCUGGAAAUUUAGUAAACAUGUGCUGGCAGCAGGCAGCCCGGCUGAGGAGAUGGGGGGGUGCAGCCAGGAGUCCAGCCACUUGGAGGAGUUUUUAACCCUUCUGGGACAAUGAAAACCUUACAGAACAUUAACCCUUCCUAGAUGAGUGAUGAAGGUCUGGACCAGAGGGAGAGAGAGUGAGAGAUGUUGGAAGAAUGGAGAAGAGGGAGUGGCAUUUUAUGCUGGACUCUUUCGUGUAGCCAUGGACAGAGCCAUGUUUCCGUGUGAUACAGAGACUGAGUCCAGGGGGAGAAAUGUCCCAGAGCCAAAGAAGAUUCAGAGUGAGUACCCCUCGGCCCCAGGGAGUAUAUAAAAUAUGGUGGGACAGAUGUCCCAAAGGUGAGAUGCUGUGCUUUUCUGGAACUGGACAAAGCAUCCUUAAAAAGACAACCCUGGAAGCAGCCCUGAUUCUUGUUCGGUGGUGAGAGCACCGGAACAAGGACGGAAAAGGCCACCACGACACAUGGAAGGACUCCCUCUCCUCUUGAGGAACUGAAAGUUGAGCAUUCUAAAGGGUGGUGCUGGACCCAGAACUGGUGAUUUUGGAGGAUGUAUUGUAUUGGGAAUUUAGGGGGGAGGAGGAGGAGAGUGGUUUUGUGAGGUUUUCAUUUCCCUUGUGUUUUCUUUUUUUUUUUUCUUUUGUAUGUAGUUUAGUAAUUGUUUUUUGUAGUUUAGUUAAUAAACUUUUCUUUUUUUGAAGUGAGA